AUGCCUUAUUAUUGCACAGUGCCGCGAUGCACGUCCAUGGCUGGCAAAGCGAAGAAUGUUUCUUUUCAUCAGUUCCCUCGAGAUGAAGAACUUGCGAAACUGUGGAAUGAUAUUUUAAGACGAGGGAAACCUUAUACAAAAUAUUCUAAAGUGUGCAGUCUACAUUUUAAACCCGAGGAUUAUACUAUAACCAGCGCCGGAAAAAAUAAAGGCCAGUGGAGAACUCUGCGCAAAGAUGCAAUCCCAUCACAAAACUUACCUUCAGACACACCAGCACCAUAUCAAAGAAAACAGUCAAGUGCCUGGAUGAGUAAUGUCCCGAAUAAUGUACCAACUUUAGAUCCGCAGGUACAACAGCAACUCGCACAGGCAAUCUACAUGAAUACCAUGCUCGCCAUGCAAGCUGCAGGAGUGACAGUUCCAUUAAACCUCAACGCUUUAUGCAACGGUCUCCAACCACCAUCCACCCAAGACCAACCAGAAAGCCUUACCACACAGACAUCACCACCACAAAAUGAAUCAGCAGAAACGGACCAUGAGAAAGACACUCACAGUUUACAACAAGAGGAACUGCACCUUAACCAAAAGACUACAGAUAAUAUGAGUUCUUACCAGUGUAAUGAUUGUUCCAAGUGUUUCAAAGACCCCGAUGUCUUCCUAUUACAUAAACGGUCACAUAAAACAGACAAAAAUGGUGUUCAAACAGGUAAAGAAAAUUUUGAUCUGAAUACCCUCAAACCGGAGAUGCUAAAAUCAAAUCCAAUUUUGGCAAACCUGCUCAAGGAUACUGUAGAAAAAAAUAUUUUUAAUACUAAUAUAUUUGAGAAACAAUUAAUGGUAAGUUUUUCAAGUAUGGCAAGCUAUAUAGGUGGUGUUGCUAGCAAUAAUUAUGACAAUGAAUGUGAUAGUAGCAUAAGUGAUCAUUAUGAUGAUGAUAAUUUGGUGAUAGAUGAAAAUGUAGCUUAA